UUCCAUGGUCAACUUUUGGUUUCGUUUCGUCGAAAUUGGAAAUUGCACCCACUCUCAAAAAAUUAUAAGAUCCCGUAAGAUUCUUGAGCUAACGGGUCUAGAAUUGUACAGAGACAAUGGCAACAUGUGAUUCUCAGCAGGAUACAAUAGAUUUAACAUCGUGUUCAAUUUGUUUUGAAAAAUUCAAAUCCCCGCGAAUACUGCCGUGUUCACAUUCUUUCUGUCAUCGUUGUCUGUGUACAUACAUUGUGUCAUCUUGCGAUCAAAAAGAUUUUCCAUUGGGAUUCCCGUGUCCACUCUGCCGAGAGUUUGUGCCUUCACCCGGGCAACCCGAUGAAAUAAAGCGAUGGGCAGAUAAAUUCCCAAUCAACGACGCCUUGAUUCAGUUGAUGGAAGGACGGGACUUCAACGUCUGCUGGGCCUGUAAAAGAGAAAAUGAAGAUGAAGAGGCUACCGAUUUCUGUCUGACUUGCAAGGAACCUUUAUGCAAAAUGUGUUCGAAGUUUCAUAGAAAGAACCUAGCAAGCAUGUAUCAUGAAAUGUGCUUGGUCUCAGAAAUAGGAUCACGAAUAAAUCGCUCCAAAAAUGUCCAUGUUUGUUGUGAAAAACAUAACAAUAAACAAAUUGUAUUGUUUUGUAAUGAUCAUGAGCAACCAUGUUGUGCCGAUUGCUUCAUAGAGGAACACAAGUCAUGCGCUGAUAUACUGACUGUCCAAAAAGCUGCAGAAAACUUAAAAAACUUUGGCUUCAGAAAAGCAUUAGAGCAAAAGAUAAAGAAAAUGACAGGAGCACUAAAGUUAGCGAAGAGGUCUCGGGAAGAACAUCUUAAAGAACUGAACGACGCUUCCGAACGAAUAACAAAAGAAGUGGAGCAACUUCAUCAGGAAAUUUUGUCACAUGUCAACAAAUUGUUUGAUAAAUACCUAUCAAAUAUAACAAAGAAUACAAAGGAAGCAAAACGAAAUUUGGAGAAGAACACUCUCUCUAUUUCUGACCGCAUAGAUUUUCUGGAACAUUUGUUUAAUCUUCUGAUGUCUGCAAAUGAGACGUUAGACUCCGAUGAAUCACGGUUGAACUAUAUCUCAACUUUUCACAAAGUGAAAGAAAAUAUUGCUAAAAUGUUAGAGUAUCCGUUGAGUGAAAUCGUUUUCACUUUGAAAUCAGAAAUUUUGAACAGUUUUCAACAAUUGUUGAAAAUUUCUACGAUUGGCAACAUAACUGUGUCAGAAAUUCCCUCUCCCAUUUCACUGUCUGAAAAAAUAGACAUUAGAAAGUCAGAAUUCUCACUUCUGUGGAAAUACCCAGAUGUGCAGGUCUCUAUAAGAGGUGGUACAGUUCUACCAAAUGGAAAUUUUUUGUGUACGGAUAAUAAAAGUACACAUUGCGUUCUCUUUACGGAGGAUAACCAUACAAUCAUACAGCACGGUACAGCGUUUGAUGUUGAGCCGAAUCCGUGGGAAAUCCUGCUGGAUGAUGGGGUCCUUUAUAUUACCCAACGUAAUGAAGAAAUCUCACACAUUCAACGAUUUUCAGCAGACAAUUUCCACCCUAUGGACCCGGUAUACGUAGAUACUUGUUGCUCUGGCCUCGCUGUUAUUGGGGAUUUACUAUUUGUUGUGUCUAACUACUGCUGCAUCUUAAAAUUGAAUAAACACGGGAAAGGUUUCACGGAAAGCAUUUACCAAAUACAGUCAAGAGGUUUGAGAUAUCUAACUGAUAUCGAAGAUGACAUGCUGAUUUGUAGCAAUUUUACUGAUCAUUCAGUUUUAGCUCUUGAUGCAUCUGGCAAUGAAAUCUGGACUUUCAAACACAGUGAAUUAAAAGGACCAUAUGGUUUAGAUAAGGAUCCUCAGAACAACAUUUAUGUUGCGGGGAAAAAGAGCAACAACAUCCACAUUUUGUCCAGGGAAGGGUCUCUUCUAAGAAUUAUAAAAAAUAUUACGAAUCCAGUGGGUGUACAUUUCAAAGCAUUGUCUUUCACUUGUUUUGUUGUGUGUGAGUCAAAUUCUUCGUCCCAGUUAAUGUUAUAUCGAUUCAAAUAGGGUGCGUAGUUUAUACUUCAUACUAUUUGUACGUUAGUUUAGUGAAAAUCUUUGUGCAUUCUGUGGACUUAUUAAUGAAUUGUGUACAAUUACAAAACACAGAAGAAAAUAUAUGAAUCAUGAUUAUAUUCAUUAUAUAAAAUGUUCUAAUUUUGUUGAAUAAAUAUGAAAUGGUUUCGUAUCUUAAUG